AUGACGGGCGGCGUGCCCCUCCAACCGAUUGUGAUGUACAACGCCGUCUCGUCGCAAGGUCAGAAUCCGGGCCAAGUCCCCAAUCCGCCACCGAACAUGGUUCGAGGACCGAAUUUUACUCGUAGGUUUUUUAAACUUUUUCUUUCUCGAUUUUUAGGUUCAAGGAAAAUCUGGGAAAUCUUGACGUUUCACAUCCAUUUUGCGCCGAAAAGGGGGAUUUAUGGCUGUUUUUCUUUGGAAAAGGGAGCUGUUUUUUGUCGAAAAUUGUUUUUAGUAUAGAUCACGGCCAAGUCCUAUCAAUUUUUUUAGAUUAUCAAGGUCCUCCACCGCAAGUUCCUGGAGCAAUGGUUGCUGUGCCUCCCGGUGCUGUCUACCCCAUUCAUCCAGUCGCUCAGGACGAGCAUGCGGAACAUGUUGGUACUCCAUUGUCUCAUCAUGCUCCUUCGCAAAACUCGAGUGAUCGUAAUUCCCCUUCGGCGGCUUCUGUGCACUCUCAACAGGUAGGGAAUCAUAACUUCUACGUUAUCAUAUUGUAAUUUGAAAUUUUAGAACAAGCUUUUAUAAAAAAUAUAAUCUGAUCUUUUAGCAAGUUUUUGCCCCAGCUCCUUUCCAAUAUUAUGCUCCAGUCUCGACUGGCGCCCCACAGUACGGUCAGGAAAUUCCGCAGCAUCUGAUCUUGGCAACUGGACAGCCUGUACCCCCUCCACAACUGAUCACACAGCAAUCAGUCCCGCCUAUAGUAAGUAUUUUCGAAAUUAUUUGAUUUUCGAAUUUUAGAACCCACCUCAAACCUUUUACGCACCUAAUUUCCCCCCUCCCACAAUGAUACCCCAAAACCGAUUCCAACAGGUCCCCUACAUGAUACAACAGCCACACCCCGGCCAAAACGGCGGCUACCGGCAGAACAACCGCCGACAUUCCCACCAAACCUUCUCGCGAACUCAGUCCGAGAGUAAAGUAAGGGUUUUCAACGAUUUUUUUCGGAAUUUAGGUAAACAUUUUGAGGAGCUAUAAUGUUUUAGCUUCAGAAUGGCCAAAAACCCGCAGUGAAUGGGCAGACUACCCCCGACCAGCCUCCCCCAUCAGGAACAGCGCCUCCGUAUCCCCAUGUAGGAUAUCCGCCAACAAUCCAAGACGACCCCGCAAUGUUUCAACACAUGUACCCACCGAACCAGAUGGGUUAUGUGGAGAAUCAACCGCCCGUCGAAUACGACCCUUCCAUGUAUUAUCCAGCUCACCAGACGCAGUUCCGACCCCCUCCUGUCCCUGGCCAAAUGUACCACCAGCCCCAUUUCCAACCACAGUUCCCCCAACAGCCUCCACAACAGUUUCAACAACAUACAGUGAUCCCGAAUCAGUUCCAACGUCCCGUUAAUACGAGACAGGGUUCAUUCCAAGGGGUGGGUUGGAGACUUUUUUGAGGAAGAUUUUUGUUUGUUUUUUUUCUCUGUAUGUAGAAUUUUUUAUGUUUCAGCCUUACCAGAAACCAACACCAUCCCAGUCCCGCCUCAACAGCCCGCAUCCAAGCCAAGGAAAUCAGCCCGAAGAACCGGCUGGAAGGCCCGCUCCCCACACUGAAAGCCAGCAGGGCAGUGAAGAGGUUGAUGACUACACACCGCCGGGAACCCCUCAAGAACUCAACCCCCUGUCAACAGAACAAACAGCACAGUUAUGUUCAACAUUGGACGCUGAUACUGAAGGAUUAUGUGAAGGCCUACAGCAGACCAGUAUCGAGGAUAAGAGCAAAGGCGAAGAGGAACAGGUAAGUGGUUUGUUUUUUUGCAUUUUUUCUGAUUUUAGGCCAACAACAUUGCGGGGAAAGAGUUUGUCAACUCGAACUAUCAAUACGACCAGAGUCAGCGUUCGUGGAAGUCUCGGCACACGCCUCUGCAUGAGAUUCGCGAAGAAACCCGUCAAACUCAGAGCCCGAGUCAGUUCGUCCCCGACCCAAAUGCGGCUGCAUUCGACCCGAGAAAGAAUGAUCGGUUCCAGGACAAUCGACAUGACCCCCGGCAGGAGCGGUUCCAGGACUUUCAAGGCGAUCGAAAACGACUGGAGAGGAAGAUUUCUUCCACUUCAACGGCAUCCAAUUACUCUAGAAGGCAGGAUGAGCAAUGGAGAAGGGCCCCACAACAACAACACCCACAGGUUGUGGAAUGCAGUUUGUGCAGAUCGCUGAAGAAACCCGCUUCGGUGUACUCAAGUCAUGUCCUCAGGGAACGGGAUUUGAAGACAAAGUGCCCUGAACUGCAGAAGAAACAAUGCGAAGUGUGUAAGGCGACCGGUGAAAACGCUCAUGUUUCUUACUUCUGCCCGCAAGGUAAGCAAUUUUCUUUGCAGUGGGGACCUGGUCCAGUGGCAAAAAAUGUACGAUUUUGCAUCCGGGAAGUAUCAAAAAUGUGGCAAAAUGCUUCCCUCGCCAAAUGAAAAACUCCGAUUUCAAAGGCGCUCUUUUUUGUGAGGGAAGCCCUUCAAAACGGAGUUUUUUCACUUGGAGAGGGAAGCAUUUUGCCACAUUUUUGUUGUUUCCCGGAUGCAAAAUGGUACGUUUUUUUUUGCCGCUGGAUCAGGUCCGUCACUGUAGUUGUAAAAAUUUUUUUGGAUUGUAUUUUCUAACCGAAAAUGAGUUUUUAGUUGGCGACAAGGAGUUCAAACUGCAGAAAACGGCGUUAAAAUUAAGAGAGUUCAUCAAAGAACGAGAUGCCAAAAGGGCUCAAGAACAGCAAAGAAGCCAACAUCGGAACGAACGGAAUAAUGGCCCACCGAGAGACCGCCGAGAUCAAAGACAAUUCGAGCCAAGGGUCUUCAAUAAUUCCGCGAGACAUGAUGGCCCACCACAACAAGGAGGAUACGGUAGAGAUAGAUAUGACAACCGAGACAACAGACAAGGUACGGGAAGACGGGAAAACCCCGGAUUUAAACCACAAGGAGACGGCGGACGAGGAGGUGGCUAUGGAAACAAACGUCAGGAUGAGUAAGUGGAGCGAUUUGGAUUGAUUUUUAAAAUUUUGAAAAAUAGGGUUGACAUGUUUCAAAAAAAAAUAUUUUUUUGAAUUUCAGCCGACGCCAACGACGGAACUAG